AAAGAGGAAGUGCAUGUGUACGCAGAGCAGUGAGAGUUGAACACCGGUGAGAAGAAGACCGAGAGAAACGUUAACAUUUGUGCUUUGUUUGCAAUGUUUUUUAACGGAAUUUAAGAUUGAAUUUCGACCGCUGCGUCGAUAAUGGCAACUGUAAACUACGUAGCUGAGCUAAUCGAGUACGCACAGAGAACAGGCUCAAAGGUGAUUUUUGAAGAGGUGAGCUCCGAGGGACCCGACCAUGAGAAGACAUUCACCCAGAGGGUAAUCUGCAACGGUGAGGUGUAUCCCGAAGGUGUGGGGAGGAGCAAGAGGCAAGCCAAGCAUAAUGCUGCUGAACAUGCCCUUAGACUGCUUAGAGGCUUGUUGGAGAAGCAACCUGCCAGCAAUGUGGUAAAUAACCAGAGUGUGAAUGACAACAGCUUUGAAGAGACAGAUUUCAAAGGAAUUCUCAACGACUACUGUCAGAAAAAAAGACUCACCCAUGAUUACAUCGAAGUGAAAAGAAGCGGUCGACCACAUAGUCUCCAAUUCACCUACAAAGUAGUAAUCGAAGACAAGGAGUACACUGUGGGGGAGGGUAAGACUAUCAAGCAAGCCCAACAAAAUGCUGCUCAGCAGGCCUGGUCUGCUCUUCAACAGCAGUCCGACUGGGACAGCAAGGUUUCCUUGAGGUCCACUGUGUCCGAAGAUGAUGCUAUGAUGAUGUCAUCAACUUCGACCUCGACAUCAACUUCACUGGAACCCACGAUGUCGUCAUCACAAAGCGAACCAAUAAGUACAAGUGACUCCAUAGUAUUCAUGGCCUCAUCAAACCCUCUCAAGGAUCAGGUUGCUGUGGAAAACAAGGGUAGGGCCGAUAGUGUGAGUAACACACCAACCGAAGAUGAUGCUAUGAUGAUGUCAUCAACUUCACUGGAACCCACGAUGUCGUCAUCACAAAGCGAACCAAUGAGUACAAGUGACUCCAUAGUAUUCAUGGACUCAUCAAACCCUCUCAAUGAUCAGGUUGCUGUGGAAAACGAGGGUAUGGCCGAUAGUGUGAGUAACACAUCAACCGAAGAUGAUGCUAUGAUGAUGUCAUCAACUUCGACCUCGACUUCGACCUCGACAUCAACUUCACUGGAACCCACGAAGUCAUCAUCACAAAGCGAACCAAUAAGUACAAGUGACUCCAUAGUAUUCAUGGACUCAUCAAACCCUCUCAAUGAUCAGGUUGCUGUGGAAAACGAGGGUAUGGCCGAUAGUGUGAGUAACACACCAACCGAGUCCAGAUUUGCAUCACAGUUUGAUUCCAUAAAGUCUCUUGGGAAAGGAGGCUUUGGUCAUGUGUACAAAGUAAGAGACAUACAGCAGAACAAGAAGUAUGCCGUCAAGAUUGUCCGUGGUAAAAAAAAAGCUCUGCGAGAGGUGAAGGCAUUAUCAGACCUUCAUCACACCAACAUUGUGCGAUACUACAAUUGUUGGAUGGAGGAUACAGAUUACAAGCAGGACAGUUCAUUAGACAGCACCUCUUCUCAGGAAUCAUCGCCACAGUUCCUUUACAUUCAAAUGGAGUUAUGUGGCUCAAAAACACUUAAACACUGGAUAAAAGAGAGGAAUAGGGGAACUCUGCAAGACUCCAACAGACGACAUGAGAGUCUAACCAUCGCUCAACAAAUAGUCAGUGGAGUCGAGUACAUUCACUUCAAAAAACUCAUCCACAGGGACCUGAAGCCUGCCAACAUCCUGUUUGGACAGGAUAGAGCAGUGAAGAUUGGAGACUUUGGUCUGGUCACUGCUGAUGAUGAUGACGAUGAAACCCCAAUGGAGAGAACUAAUGAAACAGGAACCACUUUUUACAUGGCUCCAGAACAAUUUGAGAACAUCUAUGACCGGAAGGUGGACAUAUUCGCCUUCGGGCUGAUAUACUUUGAGCUCCUCUGGAAAAUGUCUACUGGCCAUGAAAGAGUGAAGGUUUUCAAAGAUGCCAGAAAUCAGAAGUUCCCCAGAGAGUUUCCACUUACUUUUUCUCAAGAGGAACAAAUAAUGAAGUCAAUGCUGUGUAAGGAGCCAAAACAACGAGCUGAAGCAAGUGCUCUAAAGGCAGAGCUGGAAAAGUUGGCUCACAUUCUCAACCCUCAAAAAACUGAACAUCAGCAAAAUGUAACAGUCUGACAGUCACACACGCAGGAGGUUAUAAACAUCUGUCUCCUCUGAUUAUACAUUUUGAUGUUAUAUGAUUUUUUUGCAAACGGUUGAUGGCUUUUAUUGUGCUUUAACCUGAGAUCUGUAGCCUACAUACAACUCACACUCAACUACACACACACACACACACACACACACACACACACACACACACACACACAAACAGACCGGUUGAAUACACUUAUUGUAAGUCGCUUUGGAUAAAAGCGUCAGGUAAAUGAAAUGUAAUCAAGUGAUAUUUGAUUCAAUAAUGGAAACGUCUUCUAUGUUAUGUAAAAGUGUUUUAAAUCAUUACAGCCAUUGCUUUGUAUUGAUUAUCAUAAGGGGGAAAUAAAAUUGUGGUUAUCUAUUUGUUA